AUGACUUCAAUCGAGUAUGGUGGAGGGCCUACGCUUGAGCAACGUCAGGCCUUUACCAACUUGGAAGAGGGUGGUCACAUACCUGGAUAUAUGGGAUUUUGUCCACAAUUUAAAUACAGAUAUGGACAUUCUUUUGGAAAGGAAACAGCAAACAUUGCUAAAGAGCUUCCAUAUUAUGAUGGUCCAAAAACUCAAAAAAUACAUCAUAUUUAUCCUGUUAUCGGCAAUGAUAAAACUGGAGCCAUUCAAUCGAAUUUUAGUGAUCAAGUCUCUCGAAAAAUGUUACCGAAACCUACAGGUGACAAUAAAUACACUGAAGGAAUGAUACCAGGAUAUUCUGGCGAUGUACCGUAUAUGGAUUUUAAAUUUGGUGCUACAUACAGAAAUCUAUCAAAUGAAUGUGUAGAUGAAUUUAUCAGAGAAUAUCAGUGUAUUGAACAAAGAAGAAAUGAACUGAAAGAAAUGGCUAAUUUUUUUCCUCAUCUUCAUCAAAUAACUGGUGAUCCCUUGGUUAGAGAUCACCUGAACUUAUGGACUGAUGAUGUAGCCAAGAAGAAUAUUAGUGUUAACUCAGUUAAAUCUCCAAUUGAACCACCUAUUCCAGGUUAUAAAGGUUUUGUUCCUCGUGUAGAUUCUACAGAAGCUGGUUUAGCGAAACGUUUUCAUGAAGCAGCACGAAGUGGUUUGGAAACUUUUCGAGAGGAAUGCAUAAAUCAUUUUGAUAACCUUGAUACAUCUAUGACUAACUUGGAUAAAUAUCCAAGAACUGGAACUCCAGUUCCACCACCAACACCAAGUAGUAAACAUCACAGUUCAAGAAUAUUUCGACAAGAAGGUAUGAUACCAGAUUAUGAAGGUCAUAUUCACGGUUAUAAAUUUCAAGUUGGUCAAAACUUUGGCAAUACAACACGUGAUUUAGAAGUAUGCGCUCAUCCAUAUUCUAGUUAUGGAGAAUACACAAAAGCAAGAGAUUUAGUUCAUAAAUAUCUUUCGUAA